GUGGUCCUAAAGGAAUAAUUGGCGCCAAAUCCGACCGAACGGACAAGCUGCACGACGUCACGCUUGCGAGCAUCUUACGUCUCUUUUUCAACGCGUGCAAGAUCAGAUUUUUUACGCAGCUCUCGAUAGCGUGAGCCGUUUUAAAAAAAAACUUUACAGGGAACAUGGAAGAGGCCUACAAACUAAUCGGAGCGGGGAAGAAGCAGUUGGUUCUGGGCAAAGCGGUGGAGGCGGUGAGCAGUCUACAGGAGGCCUGCGGAAUACUAGCCAAAGCAUAUGGAGACACCGCAGAUGAGUGCGCAGAAGCAUUCUUUUGGUGCGGGAGAGCCCUGUUGGAUUUGGCACGAAUGGAGAACUCUGUACUCGGUAACGCUUUGGAAGGAGUCCCGGAGGAUGACGAAGAUGAGACUCCUCAAGAUUCCAAUGUGGAGGGCACGGAAAAAGUUGAUGAAAAGACCAGAGAUGAGUUGAGGGUUCAAGUUUACGACGCCAUGGCGGAGAAAUCCGACAAUGCACAGGAGAAGGAAACUGCGGCCGACAAGAAGGUUGAGGAUAAAACAGAGGACAGUGUAGCUGAGGAACCUCUAUCAGAUAAAAUGGAAGAAGGAAAAGCAGUCAAGAAGGAAGACCUGAGUGAUGAGAAGUUAGAAAAGACAGUAGACAAAAUAGCUGACGAGAAGGUUGACGCGUCUGACAAAAUGGAAAACGGUGACGCGAGCAAAAUGGCUGACGAGAAGGUCGAAGCGUCUGACAAAAUGGAGAAUGGUGAAACGGACAAAAUGGCUGACGAGAAAGUCGAAGAAGUGGCCGAGAAGAUGGAGGAAGAAGAAGACUCUGAAGAUGACGCUGAGGAGGAACAAAGCGAAGACAACAAUUCUGGAGAAAAGGUAAGAAGAAGAAAAACUUUUGAGAUGAGCAUGCGUGCAAGGUUGAACGUGAUUGUUUGGCAGGAGGGCGAUGAAUCAGAGGAGGAAGAGGAGGAGGUGGGAAACCUUCAGCUGGCCUGGGAGAUGCUGGAAUUAGCCAAGGUCAUCUAUAAGAGAAAAGAGUCCAAGGACGACCAGCUUAUGGCAGCUCAGGCCCAUUUAAGACUGAGUGAAGUUUCUGCUGAGUCUGGGAACUACGUCCAAGCCUUGGAAGACCUCCGGGAGUGUCUUUCACUUCAGCGGAAACACUUGGACGCCGACAGCCGACUGGUCGCCGAGACGUACUACCAGCUGGGUCUGACCUUCAGCUUGAACCAACAGUACGGAGAGUCCGUGGACCACCUCAACCGUUCCAUCUCUGUCAUCAAAAGCAGGCUGGCAAACCUGACAGAGCUGAUCGCAAAGGCUGCCGGCCCUGAGGAGCUUCCUGAGGAGAGGCAGGAGAUGGAGGAACUGAAGGCGCUGCUGCCCGAGAUCCAGGAGAAGGUGGAGGACGCCACCGAUAGCCUGAAAUGUCGCAACACUGAGUCCACCGAGCCUGCGCCGGACGGCGCCUCCACUUCGUCCGCAUCUCCGGUUGUCGCCGCUCAGAGUGGUGACACUUCACCAGCGAGCGCUGCAGGCAGUCAGAGCCAGCCGCCACUUUACUCCUCAAGCACCAAAGUCAGUUCUGCCAACGGGUCCGCUCCCGACACUCGGGUUUCUGACAUCAGCCACUUGGUCCGAAAGAAGAGGAAGCCAGAGGAGAGUCCUUCAAAAGAGGGUAUGAAGAAGAAGGCCAAGCAGGAUGUUGCUCAGGACACGCUCGUCGUGCAAAAAACCAACGGUGACACGAGUAUGUGAAAAAGGGGACCCUCUCUUUGUUCUUAACGUUACCUCAACAAGGACGCAUCUUCGUUCCCAAGAUGGUGUUGAUCUUUUUGUACUUGCCCUGGGUUUUGUACCAUUGAAUAAAUGUGUUGCUUUUGUACAUCUGUGAAGUUGUGUGCGGUGAAACAACGCCAACAUGGAUUUAUUGUCGUUUCCGAUGUGCCAGCCGUCCCGGUGACACUUUUUGCACCGGUUUAAAAUAUGUAAGCAGUCAUGUUAGCAUUGUUCCGCUGCUCUGUUCUGAUAUUGUGACUUGUUUAAUAAAAGACUUGAAGCAUGA